UGGUCUUCUAUCUCACUAUCUCCGAUUCCGUUGUUCAUCUCCCAGACAAAGGUCUAUGACCAAAAAAAUCCACUUGUCCAUCUUCCCCGAAUAUUACCAUGCAAGAAAAGAAAACCAAUGCUAAAACUCCACGCUAUGCUUUUUUCCACACAAACACUCAGAAAAGGAGAUUAA